GACACGGCGAAACCAAAACCGGAACCGAAACAAAACGCAAGGCCUCUACAUCACGAUGCAUCUCAUGUACACGCUCGACGCGCAGGGCAACCGCCUCUACACGCUCAAAAAGGUCGCCCACGGGCAGGUCACCAAGUCGGCGCACCCGGCGCGCUUCUCGCCCGACGACAAGUGGUCCCGGCAGCGGGUGACGCUGAAGCGCCGCUUCGGCCUGCUGUUGACCCAGCAGCCGGAGGAGAAGCAGUAAAUUGACAGCGACAGCGCGCCGAAUCGCACGACCAUAACGACAAAAGAUGCGCGAGGGGGAUAGACGUGUGUCAAUGUAUGGGAGAGGCAACAACAAGGCUGGAGUUGAAGCGGACGACUACGACAAAGACGGCGAGGAGGAGUAAAGCGCGAAAAGUGACUAGGGGAGACGACAAGGCUGGACAGGUGGCUGCUCGCGCUCCAGCCCUCGUCUUGUGAGUUGGGGGAGAGAGGUGGGUUGAGGGAACCUCAUGGGCUGGCGUUUGCGGGCCACGGUUACCACGGCCUCGGAGUUUGGAUUUCCGAUUCAGUUCAGUUCAAAUCAGAUGCAAUGCAAUGUAAUGCAAUUUACGAGCAUUUCGCCCUUGUAUG